CUCCCCUCUCCCCACCCACACUCUCCCACCCCCGUGCCGGGUGGGUUGCCCCGCAAGAUGGCAGUGGGCGCCUUCCCUAUCGCCAAGCUCGCCUACCUCGGCGUGCGUCAGCUCAGCAAGCCGGUGGCGAACCGCAUCAAGGCGGCGGCGCGGCGCAGCGUCUUCUUCAAGACCUACGUCUGCCAGCCGCCCGCCAACCUGUACCACUGGAUCGAGAUGAAGACCAAGAUGCGACUCAUGGGGUUCCGGGGGGCCCAGGUGAAGCCACUGGACCAGGAGGCGGCGGCAGAGCUGGGGGCUGAGCUCCUGGGUGAGGCGGUGAUCUUCAUCAUCGGGGGCGUGUGCAUGGUGGCGGAGUACGCGAGACAGAACGCCAACUCUCGGCGCAAAGAGGCCGAGCUGACGGCUCAGCUGGACGCGCUGCAGUUCCAAAUCGACGCGCUCCGAGAUCAAGUCUCGCCGCCGCCUCCACCGCCUCACGGCGGCCACACCGCCUCCUCCGCCACCGCGUCAGCCACCACUACAACCGCCGAACCAACGAGGACCGCCCCCGACGCUCACAGCCAAACGCGCAGCGAGAGGCCCUGCCUGAAAUGAACUUGGGUGGAGGAAUGGAACCCCCCACCCCCGUACCCCGCCUACCCCCGCCCACCCUGCGUGGUGGGGAAGGACGGAGGUUCCGUCGACCCCAUCUGGGGUGCUGCAGCUGUCGCUGCCUCCUCUUGCUCCUCCUCGUUAAAUGUCGUCGCUGUGACGAUGACUGAUCGAUUUUUGUUUUUUGCGAGAAAUGUGACGACGUUGCGAGUGCGUGCGUGAGUGCGUGCGUGCGUGUGUGAGUGCGUGCGUGAGUGCGUGCGUGCGUGCGUGAGUGCGUGUGUGAGUGCGUGCGUGAGUGCGUGAGUGCGUGCGUGCGUGCGUGAGUGCGUGCGUGAGUGCGUGCGUGAGUGCGUGCGCGGUCGGCGGGAGCUGGUUGUGAGAUAUAUGCCGAUCGGAUAAAGCCGCCAAGGAUAUCUUGGGGGGAGCUGUAGCCCAGGCCUCGAUGGCGACGGGGAAAGGUUGAAUGUAGCGCUUGUGGUGGUUGUCUGCGGCGCCUGUCCCGCUAUCACCGUCUCUCUGGACAGCUUCAGGGACCGUUCAGUCUGGGGGGGGGGACCCCUUAUCAGGGUCCGAGCAACCAAGCACUUAAUACUAAAAAAAAUUCAGAUUCGAGCUGGCCGUCACAACUGAUAGCUCAGCCAAAUGGCUCAUCUUCAUCAUCGUAUGGAAAUUUAUAGCACCCAAAUACCCUAAACAAUGUGACGUUGAUUCUAAAUGUGGAGGGAAAAACCGGAGGACCAGGAGAAAAAUCCACGCGACCAUGGGGAGAGAGAGAGAGAGAGAGAUGCGCAAACUCCAAAUAAACCUUAGACCGGUUUCGAUUUUCAGUAUCUCAUCAGUGUGGCUUUCCUCAACCAAUUCUGGUUUAACUUUUCCCUUUCCUCCCACGCCUACCCCCCAUCAGACCCAUCAGACGCAGGUCCCCAUCAGACGCAGGUCCCCAUCAGACGCAGGUCCCCAUCAGACGCAGGUCCCCAUCAGACGCAGGUCCCCAUCAGACGCAGGUCCCCAUCAGACGCAGGUCCCCAUCAGACGCAGGUCCCCAUCAGACGCAGGUCCCCAUCAGACGCAGGUCCCCAUCAGACGCAGGUCCCCAUCAGACGGAGGUCCCCAUCAGACGCAGGUCCCCAUCAGACGCAGGUCCCCAUCAGACGCAGGUCCCCAUCAGACGCAGGUCCCCAUCAGACUCAGGUCCCCAUCAGACGCAGGUCCCCAUCAGACGCAGGUCCCCAUCAGACGCAGGUCCCCAUCAGACGCAGGUCCCCAUCAGACGCAGGUCAGCCUGUCGCUGCCGAGAGACCUCCACCGGGAGCCCGCUUGGUUUGUCCGCUUCACUCGACGGUUUUCCGUUGCCGCUGGUUGUCAAAGUCUCUUUAUGCCGCGCGACCUCGCGACCUCGCCUGGCCUCUAGGCCACCGCUGCGCUGGCAGUAAUGGGAAGUAGAGCCCAAGCCCACAGUCUGUUCUCCUACAAACGCGUGUUUUACCAACACAACUACUUCGGCGUUGUAGGAGAACGGGACUCUAUUGGAGGAAUUGGAUUGAGCUGAAAUGAAGCUCUUUUUCACAGAUGUCUGGUAACUAUAAACCAUUUUUAUUUUUACCAGGUACGGCCCACUGAGCUAUAUGGAAGCGACCUGACCACAAUUGAUAGCUCAACACGAAGUGGCUCGUCGUCAUCCUCAUCGUCGUCAUGUUGGGAAUUUGUUGCAGCCAAAUAGAGUCCGUUCUCCUGUCACACGUGUUGUUGUUUUCACAACGCGAAUUGGAUAUAUAGUAACGCGAUGAAUGUAUGGAGGGGGACGCAUUUUUCUCACAUCGCGGGAUGCGAAUCGGAUAUAACGCGAUCGAGCGAACGGAACUAUGUCGAACGCCACGAGGGAUAAAGCGGUCGCACGGCCGCCUUGGCGUAUCAUCAUCGUCAUCGCACGAGGCAGUGGGAUGAUGCUGGAUGAUACUUCUAGACGCUACCCUCGGUCUUUGUUCAGUCUGCGUUACGCAUCUCGCGUGUUCUCACGGACUGCGCUUUACCCCUAUGUAUUAUUAUUUAUUGUAACGUGGUUCUUCCAUAAUGCGGUGUUCCUCAGGGACGCGACAUCUCCCGCAUUAUAAAGAGAACGGACUGU